AUGGAUGACCUAGCCGGCCUCGACUGGUCGCAGCCCGCCAAAAAGCCCGCCAACACCCCCGCGGCCUUCCCACCUUUCCGCCAGAGCCCCACGCCUCAGCUCUCUGGUCGAUCCACACCCCUCUCUACGCUUUCUACGCAACAGUCCGGCUCAGGAGCUGGCUCCGGCGGCGCGCAGCAGUUCAAGCUGCCCUCAAAACCAGCGACCCCCGCAAACGAUAGCUUCGCUGGUCUCGUGUCCUCCAACAAGUCCAAAGCACCGACCAACAAUUUGUCGCUACAAGAACGACAGAAGCAGAUACAAGAGGAGAAGGCAAGACAAGAGGCGGAGAAGAGGAAGCAAUGGGAUACGACCUUCGGAGCUGCUGAGUCGACGCAUUGGGACACGUUGGGAAAUGGGAAGAGCACGCCAGAACCUGCGGCAUUCGGCGCACCGCGUCCUUCGAACAAUCCGUUCACCAACCAAGGCCUAUCCAAGACUAUCAACAAGCCCUUCGCAGGCUUGGACACCUCUUCGAGACGACCUGAAGUGUCUUCACCCAGCGAGGCUGAUCUUCUAGCAGCGUUCAAUUCGGCAGCUCCCGUAGACCGCUCAAGCCACUUUCCCGUCCCCACUCACAGCAGUGGCAGGAGCACACCUGCUUACAGUGCCAAUGUCUCCCGAGGCAAUACACCACUACCGCAGCCCUCCUCCAGCAGCAACGCGCUUCUCGACGACGAUGACGAUAUGUUUGGUCUCAAGCAGAUGGCGCAAAAGUCCGCGUCGCCUGCUCCACCACCAACGACUAGCGAUGCCGACGACGAUAUACUAGGCUUGCUAGGAAAGCCAGUCUCCGAAUUCCAGCACAAGGAAGAGCCUCGGACAGCACCCGCGGAGGAAUCUCGACAACAACCUUCUCCAGGCCCUCAGAACGCGCAUGACAAAGCUGUUGCUGAACUUGUGGACAUGGGCUUUCCAGCUGAGAGGUCGGCAAUUGCUCUUGCGACCACUGAUUCUGGGCUCGACGUGCAGGCUGCUGUGGGAUGGCUGUUAAACCAGGCGCAUGCCGAGGCGAAACAGAAAACGCAUUCUCAGAGCCAGGACAGAUCACGUCGAGAGCCUGAUGAGUCCGACGAGCGCCCAAGGCGGGGUAACAGCAGGUCCAAUGGUCGGGAGUCGUCAAGAGAACCACGGGCUAGCGGCUCUAGACCCGCGUGGAUGCAAGAAGAUGAAGUGCGAAGCCGUUCAGGACAACGUAGGCAAGAAGGUCAAGAAAAGGACGUUACGCAAAUGGCUUCAGAGAUUGGCAACAACCUGUUCAAAUCGGCGAAUUCUCUCUGGAAGACGGGGCGCAAGCAAGUACAAAAGGCUAUGGCCGAUUUCCAACAGGAGGGUGAUCCAAACAUGCCAAAGUGGAUGAGAGACGCUCAGGCUGCGGAAGCUGCUCCUCGCUCAAGUCGACAGCAAAAGGCCGAGGCGUCGGCUACAGACGAAGCCAUGAUGCUGGAAGCUGGUGGGCGUCCCACGAAGCCAUCCCGGACGAGCGACAUGCGCCACCAAGCCGAACCGCUACCUGUACGACAGAAGAAAGAGCAAGAAACUGGACGGAACGGUUACCCAGAUCGCAUGUCGUCUCAGUCGCCAUCACAGCGACCGCAAUCACUAAGUCUGGAUAAGAGACCAGCGACGCGAUUGACCCGCCAAGAAGUUGAGGAGCAGAGCUCUCAAGCAUAUAUCAGCCCUGCUCGCCGGAAGAAGACCACACCGCAGCCACAGCCGCAGCCUGAAGUAGAUCUCUUCUCUCCAGACCCCACACCGCCAAAGCAGUCUUCGCGCCAACCAACGCCUGCUCAAUCCAAGAAUCCAUUCCUCCAGGCAACAUCAUCACAGAAAGCUCGAAGUCCUGCUCCGACGCCAACGCCACCCAGACCAAAAGCACCGCCCCGGCAAAUACCUCCAGUGUCAUCCUCCGCUCUCAGCUCAUCUUCAGCCGACCGGCAAAGAGGUUCCGAAGCAUUCAAACGUGGGGACUACUCUGCUGCACACACUGCAUACACUUCUGCAUUGAGUCCUCUUCCAAGUACCCACCCAGUCACAAUAAUUGUACUCUGUAAUCGUGCCGUUACGAACAUCAAAGUUGGUGAUCCGAAGGCAGCAAUUGCUGAUGCCGACUCAGCUUUGGCGAUAAUUGGCGUGUCAAGAGGAGAAGGCGAGAAGAUCGCUACGGGUGGAAUGGAAGGCGAAAAAGACAUGAAGGAAUUCUAUGGCAAAGCUCUCAUGCGAAAAGCCGAAGCAUUGGAGAACAUGGAGAAGUGGGCAGAUGCAUAUGGCGUAUGGAAAGAAGCUGUUCAAAAUGGUGUAGGCGGUGCAAUCGCCAUCUCUGGUCGCAACCGCUGUGAGAAGGCCGCAAGUGGGGAUAACAACGCCCCGGCAGCUACUAAACGCCCGCCUCCAGCCCGCAAGCCCGCUGCUCCUAGACCCUCUGCCAUGUCAGACCUCGGUGGUGGACCCGCCAAUGACUCCGAAGCCGUUAAACGCAUGAAAGCCGCCAACGCCGCCGCUGAACGUGCAGACGAUGAGAAAUUCGCCCUUACCGACCAAGUUGAUGCCAAACUCAUUGCUUGGAAGGGUACCAAGUCAGAUAACCUGCGUGCAUUACUGGGUAGUUUAGAUAAAGUGCUCUGGGAGGAUGCAGGGUGGAAGAAGGUCAACAUGGGCGAUCUGGUCAUGCCGAACAAGGUCAAGAUCAUCUACAUGAAGGCUAUUGCCAAGGUACAUCCUGAUAAGUUAUCUCAAACGGCCACCACAGAGCAGAAGAUGAUCAGUGCAGCUGUGUUCGCCACAUUGAACGAGGCGUGGGAUAAGUUCAAGACGGAUAACAAUCUAUGA